UUCCUGACAAAAAAAAAAAAAGAAAAAGAAAACGGCAAAAGAAAAUCCACAUCUGGAAUCCAGAGGCAGUGGUUUAGGGGAAUCUAUACUAGGAUCUCGUAGUGUAGUAAAGUAAAGGUGGCUCGGUGUUUUUCUCCAGCUUCCUCUCUCUCUCUCUCUCUCUCUCUCUAACUCUUUAACUCUUUUCAAGGAUUCUUCACUUCACCUCGUACAGCUUAACGCAACCAUGUUGGUCGUCCUGGUCGGAACAGUUAUUUUGCACCUUCUGGAUCUGAUUCUGCUGCUCAUUUCUACAUCUGUGAAUGCCUGGGGGAAAAUUAAUAUGAAGAGUUAUGACCUCUGGUAUGACUGCACAACAACCAAUGGAGGAUAUCACUGCAAAGAUGCCGAAAAUUAUGACUGGCUACAGGCAGUACAGGCUCUGAUGAUCCUAGCCACAAUCUUCUGCUUGUUGUCUUUGAUCUUAUUCAUUUGGCAACUCUUCACCGUGAACAAGGGAGGGCGAUUCUUCUUCACUGCUACCUUUCAGAUCCUCUCCAGCCUAUUUGUGAUGAGUGGAGCUAUAAUCUACACAGUGAUGAGCCCGGGAACGCAGGAUAGGGACCAUUCGUUUGGCUUUGCCUUUGUGCUAGCCUGGCUGGCAUUCCCUCUCACUCUGAUAAGUGGCCUCAUUUACAUUGUUCUGAGGAAGAAGGAAUGAAGGAUCAGCGGAGAGACCCCCGCUGUCAUCACUGAGAAUGACACUCAGUCCACAGACCCCAAUGGCCUUUUCUUACUGGCCUGUAUAACAAUGCCAAAUGUAUGAUCAUGCAAAAGUGACAAAUCAUGAAGAUUCAACUCAAUGUCGACUCAACGAGGACGAGUCUGUGGCUUGUGAUACUAUUUAUAUCACUUUUACAUAGUUUUUGUACAUAUGAAUGUUGAAACCUUGUUGAUGAAGGUCCAUAUUUUGAAGCUGACCACAAAGAAGACAGUAUAAAGAUCAUUUUUAUCCUUGUGUUUUACUCCAUAUCUUGUAUCUAAUAUCUAACAGAAGUACAUUCUUAAAAUCCAAUUUCACAAUGAUUGUAUGAUGAAAUUAUGCUUAAUAAUUUGUAUGUGAUAAACCAAAAGGAUUUUCCCCCCUAAUUUUGUUCCGUUCAUAUUUUUAAAUAGUGAAAUGGUGCUGUUUAUUUUUUUGCCUUCAAUUAAUAACUAGAUAUACAUAUAAGCUCAAAUUUUGUUAAAUUGAGCUAAAUUAUUUUACAUUGUGUAUUUUAUGUGUGCCAAAAUAUCCACUCAAAAGCUAAUUGUUUUUGUUCUGUAUGCUUUUUAAAUAAGAUUUUAAAAAUAAAUAAAUAAAUACAUACAUA